AUGAACACCCUUACCCUCACCCUCCAAGUGCUCAACGAAGAUUGGGAGCACAUCUCGCCUCCGCCUUCUACAUCCUCGAGUGACCCUUGUUUCAUCGACCUAACAGAAGACAGCUUCGAGUCGAGCGACUUUGGUCACUAUGGCUUUGACGAAGAGAACUUGUCAGAUGCAGCGGAGUAUAGCGGUAGGAAUGGGGAUGUCUGUGACUUGGACCACGAAGGGACUGAAGAAGAAGAGUUAUCGGGUUCUUCUGUUUCAAGUCCUAGUCUGGAUGGGAAGGAAGAGUAUGAGAUUCAUGACAAGUCCGCAACAACACUUCAAGACGAAAAAGUACAUCAAAUCCCCGAGCCCGAUUGGCAAGCUGAUACGGCUUUCUACAUCCUUGCCCAGCUACAGCAAAACACCUCUACCGAAGCAGAGUUUGCUUCGAUUACAGAGAAGACAGAACAAACCAAGAGGUUAAUGCUAGCAAGGAAGUGUAGGGCAGGGACUAAGGUUCGCUCGGAGCCCCAAAGUUGGGACCAAGAGCAAGGAAUCUAG